GGAAACUACUAGUAACUAUUUAAUAGAGCACUACAUCUAUAAAACUGAGUACACCAGACUACUGAACAGUCGUGGUUUUACAAUAAUUUAGUCGAAUCUUACAAUUAUUUUUGUACUGAAAAUUCAUAAGUGUUAUUGACCCUUGAUCCUAUUCUGUGUGAAGUCAAGACAAUGGAUACGAAGUAUUUAUGUGUUGUUUUAUUAUUCGUUGGAUUAUGUCACGGGGUGAGCGAAGCCUCUGAUUGUACUGCUCGUGGAAGAUUCCCAAACGAUGGGAACGGGGCAGGUGACUGUCGGGGAUACACCAUAUGUCUGAUGGGCGGCCUCACGAACUUCACACAGUACAAGCUCAAUUGUCCUGAGGGUUUUGUCUACAGCCACUUAGAAUAUCAAUGCACGAAUGCCACAAACUACCAAUGUUACCCGACCUUCAACUGCAGUUCUGUCGGAAACUUCGCUGUUCCUGGUACCUCGGAUUGCUCGGCGUUCAUAGCUUGCCCAGAAGGCCUAUUGGGAAUAAAUACUGCCAGAAAGGUCUCGUGUCCACCUGACACCCUCUUCAAUGUAACUGCUGGUGCUUGUCAGAAUAGUACUGAGUUUUCUUGCACACCAAAAGUUCAAUUAGACGUUUUAGAAUUACACGAUAAAGGAAACAAUGGUGCUAAAAUUAGCCCACAUUUCCUAUGUUCAGUGCUUUUGUUGUUACCAGUUUAUUUGAAAUAGUGUGUUAGGAUAUGACUUUAGACUGUAUUUAGACAAUUUCUAGCUUAAUUUCGCAUUAAUUGUAUGUUUUUUUUUAAUAAAUCAUAUUAAACGAAA